UGUUCAAGCGUGUGACUUGCUAGGGGAGGGGGGCAGGGUUUUAACUUGAUAACAGCAGUUAUAAGUCACCGAAAUUCUAGGUUUUGCUCUUCCUUUUCCAAAUCAGUGACACAACCCUUGCUACUAAACUCUAAAGAAGCUACAGAAGCUACUGAGAAAAUAAAAACACAGACGAAAAAAGGAAUGAAAAAACUCACAAAAGAAUAGCAUGGAAUGAACAGAUCAAGAUUUCCUGGCAUCAUUCAUCCCGCUGCACAAAGUGGCCUGCCAUGGAGACUGGCCCCCCUGCAGGGACCAGUUCCCGUGACGAGAAAACCCACCUCCGCUCCAACUCAAAAGGGACCCCCCACUAUGGAACCAUUGCCAAUGGCCAAGUGGACCACUCACUGGAGACCACAGGGAUCUCACCAAGACGCGCCUACAUAGCAGUGGCUGUCCUGUGCUAUGUCAAUCUGCUGAACUAUAUGGAUCGGUACACCAUCGCAGGUGUACUCCUGAAUAUUCAGAGAUACUUUAGUAUCAACGACAGCACAUCUGGCCUGCUGCAAACAGUUUUUAUCUGCAGUUUUAUGCUACUGGCUCCAGUCUUUGGCUACCUCGGGGAUCGCUACAACAGGAAGUUCAUCAUGGUUGCUGGUCUCGCUGUGUGGAUUGUGACCACACUUGGCAGCUCUUUCAUCACCGAGUCGCAUUUCUGGGUGCUGGUGCUGAUGAGGGCGUUUGUGGGGACCGGAGAGGCCAGUUACUCCACCGUCGCCCCCACCAUCAUCGGGGACCUGUUCAGCGACUCCAAGAGGACCCUGAUGAUCUCCUUCUUCUACAUCUUCAUCCCUGUGGGAAGUGGUCUUGGGUACAUUGUUGGAUCCACAAUUGCCAGCGCCACAGGAGAUUGGCGUUGGGCGCUUCGGCUUAAUCCCAUCCUUGGGGCGCUUGGACUGGUGCUGUUGCUCAUUCUGACCCCUAACCCACCCAGGGGAGCCUCCGACCUGCAGGGUGGGGUGCAAAUCGAGCGGACGUCCUAUCUGGAGGACAUCAAGUACCUCUUGAGGAAUCGGAGCUUUGUGUGGUCCUCGCUGGGCGUCACCGCCAUGGCGUUUGUCACGGGGGCGCUGGCCUUCUGGACGCCCACGUUUCUGUCCCGAGCCCAGGUGACCAUGGGCAUCAGACCGCCCUGCGAAAAGGAACCUUGUGACACCUCUGACAGCUAUAUAUUUGGGGCGAUCACUGUGGUGACAGGAAUUGUGGGUGUGUCCCUGGGCACCUGGAUAUCUGGUCGGCUCCGAGACAGAGUGCCCAAUGCUGACCCGCUGAUCUGCGCGGUGGGCAUGCUGGCUUCUGCUCCCUGUUUCUUUAUCGCCAUCAUACUGGCGUCGACAAGCAUCCCUGCCACAUAUGUAUUCAUUGGGAUUGGAGAAACUCUUCUCUCACUGAACUGGGCCAUUCUUGCUGACAUCCUGCUGUAUGUUGUCGUGCCAACCCGGAGGGCUACUGCAGAGGCCUUGCAGAUCAUGGUGUGCCAUCUUUUUGGUGACGCUGGGAGCCCAUAUCUGCUGGGGGCGAUCUCGGACGCUCUGAGUAAAUACGACCCGGACUCUCUGACCUGGAGGUUCCGCAGUCUGGAGUACAGUUUCCUGAUCUGCCCGUUCGUGGGCGUGCUGGGCGGGCUCUUCUUCCUCAUGACGGCCCUCUACAUCAACGAGGACAGGAAGGCAGCGCAGCUACUGACCACAGGUGAACCUCCAGUUCAAGUUGUACCACUGGCAGUGGAAGGCCAACCUGUAGCAUGAGGGAGAGUGUGAGGGGUCACUGCUGAAGCUACCCAACAGUCUGUGACCCACCCUGGACAGACACUUCCCCAGGGUGUGUGUGUAUAUGUGUGUGUGUGUGUGUGUGUGUGUAUGUGUGUGUGUGUGUGCGUGUACAGAUUUUUCUGUCACUUUUGAAGCUCUAAAGGUACUAACAGUCUAAAAUGAGCCCCAUGUCCUGCUAUAAACUCAAGGGCUGCUACAUAAGGGUUGUGUCAAGUCAAGACAUUGCUGUACAUUUUUUUUCUUCUAAACUGAACUAAACUUCAAUAAGGUCGACUGUCACAAUAGGAAUUUUAUUUUAUACUGUACAUAGCCCUGAACCUAGUGUCAAGUCAUGACUUUUAAAAAAUAUAUAUAUAUAAAUAAUAAUUAGAGUCUAUUUAAUUAGGCCCACCAUAUGUCUCUAGCCGAUCUACACCCUACACAACGUCUUACCUGUUAAAAACAUGCCCGAUUCAGCUUACUGUAGCUUUUUCACACGCUCGGCACAGCUGGUCUUCGUUAAUGAGAACGGCAGGGGGAGUAAGCUUACCUGAGGACCCUGGGCAGUGUAGUGCAGUCGGUCUCCAGCCACCAUCUUGGACUCCAGCCAUGAAAAAAUGUACAGCUAUUUUCUACCUUUUUGCCUUUUUUGUUCUGCUUUCAUUCUGUUUUAUUAUUUUUUUUUUUUACUUUUUACUCUUUUAAUUAAAACUCAAUGCUUCUA